AACUGCUCGGAAGCGGAAGCCUCGUUCUUUUUCCGUUCUCUUCGGCUCUUACCGCGGUGCAGUCGCCAGCGCCGAGCGCCGGUCACCAUGCCUCGGAAAAUUGAGGAAAUAAAGGACUUUCUGCUCACAGCCCGGCGGAAGGAUGCCAAAUCUGUGAAGAUCAAGAAGAACAAGGAUAAUGUGAAGUUCAAGGUUCGCUGCAGCAGGUACCUUUACACCCUGGUCAUCACAGACAAGGAGAAGGCAGAGAAGCUGAAGCAGUCCCUACCCCCUGCUUUGGCAGUGAAAGAGCUGAAAUGAACCAGUCCUCUGCAUUUAACUAUUAAAAAUUCUGGAAAGU